CGCACCAGCUGGGCGUUUAAACGCCGAGCUUUUUGGAGUCAAGGCUGAUUGUCCUUAGUGCACUUUAGACGAGUGCUUUUUCUCACGCCGUAAACGUUUCUUGUCAUAGGGCGCUGCGUUCGCGGCGCUCGCUCGCAAGGUAGCUGGGAAGGCGAGUCGAGCAAAAUCUUUGUGUGAGGAAAAAAGUCCAUUCCCUCUCCCCGCUAAACUCACCCAAAACAACAGGUGCCGAUAAAGGAAGAAUCCAAGCCCCGCGCUCUCCCUGCGUUACGGGUGAGAGCGUUGCUUCCUCCGGGAAAAAAAAAAAACGAGUGGGCGAGAGCGAGGCUCGAGUACGGCAUCGCACAUGAGCGUUUCGCGAGUCAGAACCAUGUCGUUGCUGGUCGUGUUGAGCGGUAUCGGCGCGGCCGUGGCCGCCGCGCUGCUGUACCGGUACCUGAACCGUCGGUACCGACCCCCCGUGCUGCUCGAAGACCCCGAGACCAAGUACACCGUCAAACUGAUCGAGCGCGAGGAAAUCAGUCACGACACGCGACGUUUCCGAUUCGGCCUGCCUUCGUCCGAGCACGUAUUAGGACUGCCCACUGGUCAGCACAUCUACCUGGUCGCCACCGUCAACGGACAGCUGGUGCCCCGGCCUUACACGCCCGUGACUAGUGACAAGCAUCAGGGUUACUUCGACCUCGUCGUCAAAGUGUACUUCCGUAACGUGCACCCAAAGUUUCCCGAGGGUGGCAAGAUGUCGCAGCACCUGGAGAGCUUGAGCGUCGGCGACACCAUCCAAGUGCGGGGACCGUCGGGUCUGAUACGGUACGAAGGGCGAGGCAAGUUCGCCAUCAAGCCCGACAAGAAGUCGCCGCCACAGAGCUAUCAGGCUAACGAGAUUGGCAUGAUCGCUGGAGGCACUGGCAUCACUCCAAUGCUUCAGAUCAUCCGGCAAGUGUUCAGCGACCCGGAGGACAAGACCAACUGCGCGCUGAUCUUUGCCAACCAGACCGAGGACGACAUCCUGCUUCGUCCCGAACUGGAGGAAGUCCUCCGGCAGAACCCCGGCCGCUUCCGGCUCUACCUGACUGUGGAUCGGCCCAAGGACGGCUGGACGCAGGGCGUCGGCUUCGUCAGCGCCGACAUGAUCGAGCGCAACCUGCCGGCGCCGUCCGACAAAUCCAUCAUCCUCAUGUGUGGCCCUCCACCCAUGAUCAACUUCGCCUGCAAGCCGAACCUCGAGAAACUGGGCUACAGCCCUAAGCGGUGCUUUGCCUACUAAACGCCUAAUUGCCACGGGGGUGUGGGAAGGGGGAUGCGUCUAAGUUAAAUUGUCGGGUCUUGUUCCUCCCGCCUUCCUCUCUCUGGCGCAGAUUGAGAGUUGGCAUCUGCGGGCCUACACCGUACCAUGGAAUAUGGAAUAGUGUUCUGCUUGCUCCGUAUUGUUGCGCUUUGCUCCACUGGCUCUACCCAUGUGGGGGGGGGGGGGCCCUGAUGCAUUUCGAAAUGGCCAGUCACGGAGGACCAAUAUGUAAUAGUAUUUCGUAUUCCGUGUUACAGUACGGCUUGCUGGCAUUUCAAAAAGCAAACAAAACAAGCAAACUUGCAGCUUAGUGUGGUACAUGCCGGAUAUGUAUGUUACAGGGGCUUUUCAAAGGAAGGUUAUCUUUUUAAUACUGGCAUUACGUGACGUUUUCAGAGCAGUCUUGUGAUCACUGUAUCGCCAACGAUUUUCGUAACACCGUGAUAUCGUAGCAUGUGCUUUAACAUUGUUUUUAGCUUCUCGGUGAAUUAUAUGGCAGCCUAGGUCUCACUGCCCAGUGGUCUUAUUGGUUGGUGGCCCUGCCUCAAAACUACCUCUUAGCCUCAACGUCUUAUUGAAUUUUCUCGUCAUAUGUUCAAGACGUGUAGGUUUCGGCAACUUUAAAGAAAGGCGGUUUUUCAAGAACUUUCCUCUGCCGUGUAUCUGAUCUUAUGCGGCCAGACACGUACGCCCUCUUGUAAUCAGCAUUAUUUUUAUAAAUACACAUAUACGUGGUACCCCGAAACAGCACACGCUAUGCCAAACGCAGCCUUUGUGGGUUGCUUCUGUAUUGUACCGCAUCCAGGACCUUUCAAAAACAGCCAAGGCAGCAAUUGCAUUUAUGGCUCAUGCGUAAGAAGUCCUUAGAUGGAAGCUGUGCUUUGAUGGUGAGGAAGCUGUGAGGAUGCGAAUUGGAGAGAGCGGUAAGGGCGUCAUCCUCGGCACACAUUUUUUGGCUAGUAUUGCCUGGUAAUAUCGAGAGUGUGUUGCAUAGGGUGGCGCCACCGUGCACUCUUUUGCAUGCAUGUUUACAAACGGGCACACAUUAAGAGCCGGAGUGUCCCUGAUGGGUUCGGGUGGCGCCACCAUGCGUACAGGUGACGUUGACAGUCCUGUCGCGACCGAGCCAUUUACCAACUGCUAAAUCUCCCAAUAAUAUUAAUUUUAUGCUUUGCAGAAAUAAACCUUGUGGUUUCCAUAAAUGAGGCCGACAACUAGUGCAUCCGCCCACUGCUUGAUAAUUGUAAGGUAUUCCAGUUUUAACUCCACAAUUCUGGUUUGCUUGUAUUGUUUUAACCAAAUGGCAUUUGGCCCAGUUGUUUAAGUAGUUGUUUGUGUUGUUAGUAUGUAUUGUUGCAGAAGUUCCAAGAGCUGUGGAUGCCAUUAAUCGAACUCCAUUACGAGAAGGCUAGGGCUGGGAUGUUGCGUGAAAAUCAGCACCAUGUGUCCGGCUUGUGCGAAGUCUCAUGGGGAGUUUUGUUUCUGCAAACUCUAGGGCUCAAAAAUUAUAACGUGGAUUUCUUGCUCGAUUGGCUUCGUUUUGUUUUUAUUAUCCGGUACUGCUGAGCUGCAAAAAAAAAACGUUGCGUUGAUAUCUCGAGUUCAUUUUGUUUCCUGUUAGCACACCGUAGCCUGCUACAGCCAAAUUUAACUGUUCAGUAAUUUAUUUACUGGUUACAAUUUACAUCACGUGCUGGAAGCAUUCUGUGGGCUGAAGUGACUUCUUGGUUUGUUCAGGUGCGAGCUUGCAACAUUUUCCUAAGGCAGUAUCAUCUAUUUAUAUAAUUUCUUGAUAAUAUUUAAGCAUAUUUAUAGACAAAUGUGUGCACCUUGGAUUGAAGUUUUUUUUAAAGUACACUUAAAAUGAACAGUUCUGAUACAUUUCUCAAAAAAUAAAAGAUGACACUACUCCCAUACUAAUGCUAGUACCCAAGUUUUAUCACAGUGUGUAAUUGUAAGCAUGUUGAUCAUUUGCGCAGGCUGUGAUAAUUUCUGCCUUUCUUUGUCUGGCUAUCUUGCACAGCUGGCCUCUUUGAAGCUCAUCGACUUUUUUAAUUUCAUUUUUGUUACUAAUUAUCUUUCAUUUGCAAUUGCCAUUAACUGCCCACACAGGUGAACAGGGGCUUCUCUGCGUUUGGCUCUGUAUUUCGCGAGAAAGCGCGCGCUUUCAGACAUUACGUUUUGCAACUUACUCGGAUUGCCCGAACCUUAUCGUAGUUGCCUGGUAUAAUGAUUCGUACAUCAAAUCGCCAUUCAGGUGUUCCCCACGCAUGUUAUCCUUUUUGACUCCCCUCUUAUUCUUGGAACCUAGUAUUGCUUUCAAGUAUACACCACUAUUGCAAGACCCGUUGCAUAGCGAUCUCAACAUUCGACGCACAUAAAAUGUUAUCACAUUUAUAUUAAUGCGGUGAAUGCCAUUGCGCGAACAAAGCUUCAAUGUGCCGUCUGUGCAUGACUGGACGCAUUCCUGCAUCUAAAUGGGGCUGAUACGGUUUUGAGUUUAUGUAAUUGAGAGUAUGAUGGAACACCGUCAGGUUCAGGCGAAAAGUGUCGCUGGUCAGUGACUAAUAUAAAACAAAUGUUCACAUUUUGGUAUUUGUACCGGUAAGUUGUUCACAGUCAACAUGAAUGUUGUGUGAUGGUGAACAUCUGUUCUACCAUUAGUGUCAUGUUAAGUAAUGCUGCGUACAACGUGCAACAGAGUUGUGAUGCAGUACAGACUUCUAAACAAGAUCGUCUAUACAUGUGACUUGCAGCGUAUACGAAAAAAAAAAGACUUGAAAAGGAGGUUACAGAUUACUUUAAAACAUGCACCAAGCUAAAACAACUCAGUAUGGGUGUAUAUACAGUACAAGGGGUGCUGUCCGGCGACUUUGGUGAACUUAAAUAACCUGAAUAUUACUGGCGAAUUCUUGCAUAUUCUGUGUCGCCUGUGAGGACAUUUGUUUUUCUGAUUUGCUUCUCACAUGGCAGUUACCUUCUUUGCACACAUUUGGUGUUCACUUGCACUGCCCGAGACCUGUAUUGUAAACGAACGCACAGACAUGCCAACUUUAUCAUUAACGGCUGUUCAGAUCUUAACACAUUGAGCUUUAUAGGACUACACUGUUGCAUAGUCUUGUACCUGUCGUUAUGGAACAAUGUAAGUAAAUAUAAGUGAUGCCCGGCCACUGAAGUUGAGAAUCUUUCUUAUUCUUGCGAGAGCCCAUUUGGGCCAUUGCUGAUGUGAUCAAAAUGUUAGCAAAGCAGACUGUCCAACUUUAUAUUCUUUUUUUCUGUAACACUUCACUAAACUGAGGUGCAUGUAAUUUCACCUUCACUGCAUUGAGAAUGUUCUGAUAAAUUUUCACCUGCAAGUAUUUCAGUGUUGUACUUGUCCUGUUCAAAACUCUGUAAAAAGUACAUUUUUUAUGUUUCUCAAAUCAUCUGUUGGAAACCGACAUUCUUUUUUAACAAGCUAUAUUUACUUCAAUAGAUUGCAUUGUGUUUUACACGCACACACAAGUAGUUGCAAUUUGUAUUAUUUCAGUGUCUUUGGUUUGCUGAUGUUUUGAUGUUAGUGACGUGUAGGAAGUUUUCCCGUUGUUCGUUUCGCUUGUUACGCGACCGGUAGGCGUGAUGCACCAGAGGCACACGAACUGUACAGAGACGUAUUUUCGUGGAUUGUUUGUUGAUGCACGUGCAAGUGUAGCAAAUGCACGUGCAACUGUAGAUUGUCCUGACCACCACUUACUCGCGUUACAUUUAACCGCAGCCUUAACUUAUUUUCGCGACAAGCAAAACGUUACGUAGCUCGGUGUAGACCAACACUGUUUGCGUCUUCUCUUCUUUCCAAGCGUGGUUCUCAUGGUUGUUGUUGUUGUAGUAAAUAAAACAAGAUUGCUUCACUCUA